AAUUUUCAUAUGUAGUAAAAGAUUCUAAAGAUACCUGAUGAUUGAACCCUUCAGCAAGGUUCGAAACGCGUCGUAUUCUGCUUUGAAUCUAUAUAUCUUGAGUGUUUAACACACCCACACCCACACCCACACCCACACCCUGUUUCUAUUUGAUUUACUAAAUUAUUUUCUACAAAUCGUUUAUUAGAAAAUACUGAAGUUAGGAUUCAACAUGGUGAAUAUAAAACAAUUCAAGGCGAAACACGUUUAGUUACAGGUGGUUCACGAGGUACAAAAAACUAUAAAGAUAUUCGUCAAUUUGUUUGUCAAUAUUCAUCGGCACGUUUAAUUUAUAUCCAUUUACCAACAACUAUGGGACAAUCGGCGAUUCGUAAUAUUAAUUAUUUACAAACACUCAAGGAUUGUAAUUGUAUACAUGCAAUUAUUUUCUCAUCGUAUCAUAGUGAUCUGAAUUUUGCUAAAUUAGUUAAAAGUGAAUUACCAUUUAACGAUCUAUUGAAUAAUUUCAAUAGUGCUUUAAAUGAUGUAUGUCAUCAUCUGAUAGGGAUAUGUAAAAAUAAGAAAUAUCAACAUCAACAAUUCAUUUGGUUGGGACCUAAUCCAAUAGCAAUGCAAUUAAAUUCUGAACAACAAUAUCAAUUUGAUGAAAUUCUUAAUCGUACAAAUGAAAUCGUUCGUCGACAUAACUUUCAUCUAUUUGAUCGUUAUUUCUAUUGGAAUAAAAUUCGUCAUAAUUUGUUAUUACCAAAUUCCAAUUAUUUUGGACCAAAAGGUGUUCGUUUAAUGACUCAACUGCUUACUGAAAUUAUUGGAAAAAAAUGGAAUCGAUCCCUUUCUAUUCCAAUAAUAAUACCACCAAUUCCAAUGCGGCUCACACCAUUACAAAUUCAAGAACAACAUAUUCAAACUUUACAACAUUCAUCACAAGAACUUAAAUGGCCAAAACCAACAUUCUAUAAAAAACGUUUUGAUCCAAUCAAUUAUCAAAAAUAA